AUGGAAGUAGUAGUUCCUAGACGAGUACGGUCAAAUAAACAGACGGGUGAUAAGCUGAAGUUGUCUGGUUGUUCAAAAGUUUUUGGAAGCUUAAAGAGAAAGGCGGAAGAAAUUCAGGAGUGUGGUGGUAAUGAGACAAGAUGUUCAAAAUAUUUUGGAAUUUCUUAUAAGAGAAGAACUCAAGAAUUUCAUAGAAAUCAUUCUGAUACAAGUUCAGAAGGGGUAAAAGAUGUUAUGAAAUGUUUAAAAGAGACAUCCAAUCUUUCAUCUAAGAAAAGAGUUAAGCCAAAGAAGCGUGUUCUUUCAUACAAGAAACAGGAACUUGAAGAUGAAGAUGAUCUCUUGAUGGAUGAUGUUGAACAAGAUGAUGAAAUGUUUUUUCUUCUUAACACAAAGAGCAGGAGCAGCAGAACGGGUAGAAGCAAUAACAUGACGCAGGGUGUUCAACAAAAUACUCGGAAAUGUCAUCAGUGCCUGAAAAAGGAAAGAAUGUCUUUCGUGCCAUGUACUAAAUGCAGCAAAAUGUACUGUAUGCGAUGCAUCAACCAAUGGUACCCUGAUAUGUCUAUAGAAGAAGUUGCUGGAAGUUGUCCAUUUUGUCUUAAAAUUUGCAAUUGCAAUGUUUGCUUGCGUUCGAAAGGAACAAUUAAGCCAUCUAAGAUGGACAUCUCCGAUUCUGAAAAAACUCAGUAUCUACAUUACAUGAUUAACUUACUCCAUCCGUAUUUAAAAGAAAUUUGUCUUGAACAAAGUCAAGAGGUAGAUAUUGAAGCUAAAAUACAAGGAAAAUCUUCUUCUGACGUUGUGGUACCACCGAGUCUUUGUUGGGACAAUGAGAGAGUCUAUUGUGAUUAUUGCGCUACCUCAAUCAUUGACCUUCAUCGAAGCUGCCCCAGUUGUUCUUAUGAACUUUGCCUUAGAUGUUGCCAAGAAGUUCGUGAUGGAAGUAUUACACCCCGUGCUGAGAUGAAAUUCCCAUAUGUGAAUAGGGGCUAUGACUAUAUGCAUGGUGGUGACCCUCUACCAAUGUCUUUUGAUUCAGAGACUUCAGAUGGUCAUCUUGAGGUAUCUACAAAGUGGAAUGCCAAGGCUGAUGGAAGUAUUAGCUGUGCACCGAAGGAGAUGGGGGGUUGUGGUAGUUCUGUGUUGGAGCUGAGGUGCUCCCUCCCACAUGGGUGGAUGUCUGGCUUGGAGGGCAGAGCUCACAUUAUGCUGAAAAAUUGGGAAACUGAACAAACAACUCUUCAGAGGGAGAGGGAAGGAGUUGAAUCAAACUCAAUGGAAAAUGAAUCUUUUUCAGAGUCAAGAGACAUUUUAAAACAAGGGAUGCCGCUCUUCCAAAAACAUUGGGCUAAUGGCGAACCAAUUAUUGUUUGUGAUGUUCUAAAGCAGGGUACAGGUCUGAGCUGGGAGCCAAUGGUCAUGUGGCGUGCAUUGUGUGAUAAUGUGGGUUCAGUUAUGAGUUCAAAAAUGUCAGAUGUUAAGGCCAUCGAUUGCAUGGCUAAUUGUGAGGUUGAAAUUAAUACUCGUCGGUUCUUUAAAGGUUAUAUAGAGGGACGAACAUACAGAAAUCUCUGGCCAGAGAUGCUCAAGCUAAAAGACUGGCCCCCUUCUGAUAAAUUUGAAGAUCUUUUGCCUCGUCAUUGUGAUGAAUUUAUUCAGUCCUUGCCAUUUCAACAAUAUACUGAUCCUCGGGCUGGAAUUCUCAAUCUGGCUGUAAAGUUGCCAGCCCAUGUUCUAAAACCUGAUAUGGGUCCAAAAACAUAUAUUGCUUAUGGGAUUAGAGAAGAACUUGGUAGGGGAGACUCUGUAACAAAGCUUCACUGUGAUAUGUCAGAUGCGGUGAAUAUUUUGACCCAUACAGCAGAGGUACAAUUAACCGAUGAGCAGCAUUCGGCUAUUCCCAAAUUGAAAGAAGCACACAAGGCACAAGAUGAGAGAGAAAGCCGUGCUCCAGAAAGGGCUGCAAGAUGCCUAAAUAGUCGACUUUGUGACAACAGAGAACAUGAAAACCGUCCUGUUCAAAUCAGUGGAGAUAUGUUUCGAAAUGACGUAUCUGAGGGGGUCACUUUUGCUGCUACUACAGAAAAUGAAACAAUGGUAACAGGCAGUGCCCUGUGGGAUAUAUUUCGAAGAGAGGACACUGAAAAGCUAGGAGCAUAUCUUAGAAAACACUCGAAAGAAUUCAGACAUACUUAUUGUUCACCGAUUGAAGAGGUUGUACAUCCAAUUCACGACCAGUGCUUUUAUUUGACUUUGGAGCACAAGAAGAAGUUGAAGGAGGAGUUUGGUGUAGAACCAUGGACUUUUGAGCAAAAGCUCGGAGAGGCAGUAUUUAUUCCUGCUGGAUGCCCACAUCAAGUCAGAAAUCUCAAGUCAUGCACAAAAGUUGCUGCAGACUUCGUAUCCCCAGAAAAUGUUCAUGAGUGUCUUCGCUUAACUGAAGAAUUCCGCCAGCUUCCAAAGAACCACAAAGCUAGAGAAGAUAAACUUGAGAUAAAGAAAAUGAUAGUUUAUGCCGUUGAUCAAGCCUCGGGGACCUAG